CUGCUCGGCGAAGACAUGUCUGGCGCAGGCACAGGAGUUUCCUCAGCUCUGGCUCUCUCCAAUGCCAUUACUAAUCUCGCAGCUUCCGUUUUCGGAGAACAAUGGCGCGUGGAACCGAUGUCGGAUGAACGGAAAGCGAGGUGGAGAAAAGAAGUAGACUGGCUCUUAUCAGUCACCGAUUACAUUGUGGAAUUCGUCGCCACUCAACAGACUACCGACGACGGCAAACAUAUGGAGAUAAUGGUCACUCAACAGCGAAAAGACCUUCGCAUGAGCAUCCCGGCCCUUCGGAAGCUCGACGCCAUGCUCAUCGGCUACUUGGACAACUUCAAGGGUCCAAAAGAGUUUUGGUACUUGUCGAGAGAUGCCAAGGAUUCUGAAAAGGGACAGAGAGCAGACGAUAAGUGGUGGCUUCCGACUGUGAAAGUCCCUGAGAACGGAUUGUCGGAGGAAUCCCGGAAAUGGAUUCAGCAUCAGAAAGAGCUCGUCGGCCAGGUGCUCAAAGCCGCCCAAGCUAUCAACGCCAAUGUCCUCAUGGAAAUGGAGAUCCCUGACGACUAUAUCGAAAACCUCCCCAAGAAUGGAAGAUCAAGCCUCGGAGACUCACUCUACAAGUACAUAACAGACGAAGGGUUCGACGCAGAGGCGUUCCUCGAGACCAUCGACUUAUCCACCGAGCACAAGAUCGCCGACCUGAAAAAUCGCAUCGAAGCAUCCGUCGUCAUCUGGAAGAGGAAGAUGAACAACAAGGAAGUGAAGUCGUCGUGGGCCACGGUGACGGGGGGCGUCACGAAUGUAGUUUCGGGCAUCAGUUGGGAGAAGCGAGGCUUGUUCGAAGACAGAGCAGAGACCAUUCUGCUCAUUCUGAAGCACCGAUUCCCCGGCAUUCCUCAAUCAAACCUGGAUAUAAGCAAGAUCGAAUACAACAAGGAUGUGGGCUAUGCCAUCCUCGAAAGCUACUCCAGAGUCUUGGAGAGCUUGGCAUUCACUGUGAUGUCGCGCAUUGAAGACGUCCUUCGAGCGGACUCCUGCGCUCGAAAUCUGUCUCGCGAUGGUUCGAUGAAGAAUAAGCCUCCGGAGGCGGACUCAGAGCCGGCGACGGCGGACGUGGAGGAAGUCGCUCAGCUCCUGAAAAUACAGUCGAAUGACUCCAUGACGCUGUCGGAUUUCAUGGACUGGCAGUUCGACAAAGAUACACUGGCAGAGGAGGAAGACCCUGCAGGGAACGCAGAUAAAAUGGCGAGCUUAGAGGAAUCAAAGUCGGCCAAGAAAUCCCCAAAUGUUUCAGCUAACAAUAAGAAGUUUUACUAUUUGGAGAAGUUGGUGUAUUGGGAGCCUCAACAUCAAUCAUAAGUUUUGGCAGCUUUCAACAAUCAACAUCGAUCGA